AAAUAAUAAUAAUAAAGGGUGGCUGCGUUAGUGCAGGAUUUGCUCUGGCCUCUUGUCCCUGACAGUGAAACGGAGGGGGGAGGGAAGGACAAGAUGGCGUUGUCAGACUCGGUCACUACUUGUCUUUCUCAGCCUGUGCAUUAUGCAAUUUGCAAACUUGGAUUUGAGAAGAAAGACACAUAUGAUAUUAACAAUAUUUUAUCUGGAAAUGGUGAAGUGUGUUGGCAAGCUGUUACAGAGCAUGUGUGUUACCUUGAAUCAGAUCAAAGUGUGGAUUAUAUCAAAAGCAUACGAUCAUUAGGACCUGUAUGUGAGUCUGUUAAUGUGCACUUCAAAUCUCUGACCAAGGAGCAAUUCGUAAUUCAGUAUGCAUCGUGGUUGCACUGGACAAACUGCACAGAGGUAUUUCUUGAAGUGUUUGAUGUUUUACAAUAUGCACAAACUACAGAAGUUGCUCUUGGCUUAAUGAAACUAACAUCAUGCUUGGAGCGAGCCUUGGGUGAUGUAUAUUUACUUAAGGGUAACGAUUGCCCUUUCCUUCUAAGAGACUUGCUUGCAUCUAAGCAGCUAGCAGUUAUCUUUGGACAAGCUGUAAUGAAUGUACUGAGGAUAUUCAUUGGCUCUCCAUAUGGUCUGAAUCUUCGUAAUGUUUUGUGGCAUGGAUUUGCAUCCCCACAAGAAAUUCCUGCCAAAUAUUGUGCUAUGCUGCUUUUUUUAACUGCAGGGUUGGGUCAGUUGUUGCAGACUUAUCUUCUGCAAAAUAAAUGCAUUUUACUACAUCGACCUUAUGUGAUCUUCGUUAGCUUAGAGGAGCUUGAUGUAUUUCCAGAUCUCAAUAAUGAAACACUUUCCAUAGCUGAAGAGCUUGUAAAACUGUCCAGUUUUGUAUUAAAAACAAUGUUACCAUUUUGGAUCGCUGCUUUAACAGCUUUCAAGCAAAGCAGGUAUGCUGACAGUGUGAUUCUCUUACUUCCUCAGCUGGAAGUUGGACUUAGAUUGCUCUUCACUACAACUAAUAAAUGUCCAAAUCGUUUGCUGACAGCUGAGUCUUCUGCUUUCUACACCACUUUCGAUGAGAUGCUAGCAAAGCAUUUGGAUAACGAUGAAGUCAACCAGCUACCUGUAGUUCUUGAAGAACCUGCCAUGGAAUUUCUUUGGGAUUUCUUGAACCACCAGGAGGGUCCACGUGUAAGAGAUCGUUUAAGCCAUGGAGAAAUCAAUCUGGAAGCAUUUCCCAGAGAAGUAGCUAAUCAGAUAGUUGCAUUUGCAAUUACUCUUCUCUGCAGAUUCUCAGAUGAGAAUAUGUUUUCUCUUAAGGAACACACGGUCAUAAAACCACUGAUGAACUGUGCAAGUUGCUACCAAUCUCGAUUUCAUCCAAUUUCCCGUCUCAAGAAACAGGUGCUGGAAUGUAUGAAGAGCAUUCACUUAUGGUCCGGAUUGCCAACAGUGUCUGAGGAACAAGUUCAAACAAUUAAAGGUUUGGAAGAAAACGCUGAAGCUAGUACUUUAAUUUUGAUGAUAUCUGAAAUUACAUCUCAGUUGGUGCAAUAUAUGCCCCAGAACUGCUGUAGUUCAGAUGAUCCAAUCAAUAGUGUCCUAACAGAGAGGCUGUUGACUGAACUUUGCGAUACACGUAUUUGCACGCUUUAUUCUCCUCGACCGGUUCUGGAAAUUGUGGUGAUACUCCGCAAAAUAAGCACGCAGUGCCAUCAAGUGUCCGAACAAGUUAUUGCCGGCGCUGAGGUGAGAUACGCGCAGUGGGUGAACAAGACUCUACGUUCUCGUCAGAGGCAUAACUAUCUACGGAUGUUGAACAGCAUUAAAUUUUUGUCUCCAGUGUUGCGACUCAUCUUAAUAUUGAUUACUGUGGAAGUAGUCAGUGUUCAUGCCGUUUGUAAAAAGAAUCCUUUUGAUUAUCAGCAGUAUCUAAAGUUUUUGAAGUUAAUCUUACAAUAUACUGAAAACUUGGUGACAUACACAAGCCCUGAGAAAAACAAGUGGGAUGAAACCAUGGAACUUACAAACAAGGCUUUGAUAAAAAUAAGAAAAAUCAGUGACAGAAAGCUAAUGUUAAUGCAUCUGGCUACAUGAAUUAAAUGGGCUUAAGAUUGUUUGGACAUUGUACUAUCUAAAGAGUUCUGGAGUCCUCGUGUUUGUCAAGUCUAAUUCAAAGACAAACUUCAUCAGACAUUGUCAAAAUUUGGAUGCAAAAUAUAGUCUUUUUAUUAGAAGGUAGCUGUUGAGACUGGAGAUGAAUGAUCAAGCUUUCAUAGAAUGAAUUGUUUACUGAAUGCUCUGAAAAAGAUUUACUGUGAACUAAAUCAGGAUAAUGCAAGUUCUACUGUAAAUAUAUUUUGUGUUUUGUACAUUGGGGCGCUUUUUUGUAGUUUUCUAUUGUAUUGAAAAACAGCUAAAUAAAGAGUGUGAAUAAAAGAUCUGAGAUUUUUAAA